AUGGCAGGAACAAUUAGAUGUAUUUCUAAGUUUAAUAUAAACAUAUUAAAUAAAUUGGUUAAGCAACAAUUGAUUUACAAUGGAAGCCGGACUCUUUAUGAUGAAGCAAGUUUGGGUUUGGAUAAUUACAAGUCUACUAGGAACAUUGUUAUGGAAAAAUAUAAAAUAGGUCUUGAUUCAUUUAAAAGUAAAAUGCAAGAGUCAAUCGCUGAUGAAAAAGCAAUGAUUUUCACUGAAGAUUUAAAAUCAACAUUACAUCUAGUUGAAAAAGAUGACAUUCAAUUGCUCGUUAGCAUGUUGGAAAAAUAUAAUUCUCAAAAUUCCCAAGUACGUUUUGGAACAUUUAAAUUUGGACCUGUUGUCAUGAGAACACUUUAUUAUUUAAACGAACCAGAAAUUGCAUUGGAUUUAUUUUUAAACCCCAAAUACGAUGAAUUUUUUAAUCAAAUGUCAACGUUCAUGUUGAUAAUGGAUUUAUUAUAUGAGAACAAAAGAUACGCUGAUCUACGUACUGCUUACGAUAAAAUAAAACAAAAAUUUGUUAAUGGUAUCAGUCAUCCCAAAUUAGUAAUCAACAUUGUCGCCGUAGCUUGUUACAAAGAGAAUACACAAGAGAGUUUGGAGUAUGGAUUAAAUAUUUGUAAAGAUUUAGACCACCGAGGUAGUAUACCACUGAGGAAAGUAAUCGCUGCGUUAGGUGCUUUAGCUCUUAAUUUAAAAUCGCCUGAGGUCACACUGGAACUUGUUGCAUUAAGUAGAACAGUAGAUUAUAUAUCAAUUAGAUGUAUCAGAAUAAUGGCACUCGCUGACUUAGGACGAAUCGAUGAAAUUGUUAUUGUACUGAAAUCUUGUAUUCAGCGAGGAAUACCUGAGAAAAAUGGUUUUUACACUGAUGUGAUUCCGAGAAUUCAAGAAGCUAUGAAACGCUUGAAGAUUGAUGAAGACCAUGAAAUUUGUAAUUUAAUAAAAGUUCUUCAAUCUCAGGGUUAUGUUACGCCCUUGACUCUGGAUGAGCAUUUGACACAAAAAAUUAAAACACAACCCAAAGAUAAUGAACCAUCCUCAAGAAGAUAUCAAAGUUCAAGUUGGAGUGAAUCUUCAAGUGAAGUCAAUUACUAUGAGAGACAAAAUCGACAAGGGAAUACAUCUUUCUAA